AUCGUCAUGAGAACAGGAAUCGUCAAACUGCCCCACUACUACCGAUCUCGGCAAUAUGAACUCCAUGGCGGCGGAGGAACAAGACACGAAGCCUUUCUUGUCCCCGACCACCACCACCACCAUCCCGCCGCGAGCCCACCGUGGAUACCAGCUUAGCGCUUGCCCCCACCACCACCACCACCACCAGAUGACGGCGGCGGCACCGGACCAGCGCAGUGCAGGCGCAGGAGCGGCGGCAGCAGCAGCCGGGCAGCAGCAGACGGCGGCGGCUGCCUGCGUCCUGAACCGAGAAUCCGAUGAACUGCCGGAGGAAGAAGACGGCGGCGCCGCCACGUGGUUAUUGGCUCGUCAGGCGCCCGCACGGAGGAUCAGCAGGAGCUUCUGGAGCGCCGGCGAGUACGAUGCGGACACCAGCGGCGCGGCGCGGCCGCCUGGAAAUGUGCAGAAUCGCAUGUGCGUCCACCCAAAAUUCCUCCACUCCAACGCGACUUCCCACAAAUGGCCAUUCGGAGCGGUGGCGGAGUUAUUGGACAAUGCUGUCGACGAGAUCAAAACUGGUGCAACAAGAAUUAUAGUGGACAAAGUUAACGGUUGUAAUGGAUCACCAGCUUUACUCGUUCAAGAUGAUGGUGGAGGCAUGGAUCCUGAUUCCUUGAGGCGUUGCAUGAGCUUUGGAUUCUCUGAAAAACAGUCAGGCUCUUCGAUUGGACAAUAUGGAAAUGGGUUCAAGACUGGCACAAUGCGGCUAGGGGCAGAUGUAAUUGUUUUCAGUCGCUGCAUGAAGAGCAGCGAGCCUACACAAUCCAUUGGUCUUCUCUCUUACACUUUCUUGGCCGAGACCAAUCAAAAGGAUGUUGUUGUUCCAGUGGUGGACUACAAAUACAAUCUAUUGACAGGAGAAGCUAAACCACACCAGCGGCUUGGUCCAGAUCAGUUUUCGUCAAAUCUCUCUGUUCUGUUGAAAUGGUCCCCUUUUGCAACUGAAGAACAACUGAUACAAAAUUUCAGUGACAUUGGUCCACAUGGAACAAAGAUUGUAGUCUUCAAUUUGUGGUCAAAUGACAAUGGUGAUCUGGAGCUUGAUUUUGAUAUCGAUGAGAAGGAUAUUUUGAUCAGUGGUGCUCCAAAGGCAGCAGAAACAACUAAUGCUGCAAAAAGAAUGAACGAAAGUCAUCUGGCAAAUCAGUUACACUAUUCUUUUAGGGUCUAUGCUUCUGUCCUAUAUUUGAAACUACCUGCAUACUUUAGGAUCAUACUCCGAGGAGAAGAAGUUAAGCAUCACUACAUUGCAUCUGAUCUCAGAUAUACCCAAUGCAUUAGAUAUAGGCCGCAGGCCUUUGGAAAAAAGGAGGACGAGGUGGAUACAACCAUAGGAUUUCUAGAUGGUGCUCCAAACAUCAACCUGCACGGAUUUAGUAUCUACCACAAGAAUCGCCUUAUAUUGCCUUUUCACCGAGUUUUGAGUAGUGCAAGUAGCAAAGGCAGAGGUGUUGCAGGGGUAUUAGAGGCAGACUUCAUCAAGCCCACCCAUGAUAAACAAGACUUUGAGAAGUCACAGCUCUACCAGAAGCUAAUAAACCGCUUGAAAGAAAUGACGAACGAGUACUGGGAUCUAUACAGUCAUCUGGUUGGAUACCAUAAGUUGCCCCGUGCAGCUUCUGGCUCUCAUGCUUCUGCUGCACUUGUGCCAACUCUGUCAGGCACCAUUGCUACUGCAUCGUCAGAGAGGAUUCCAGCCAUCCGUGACAAUCCAACAAAUGCAAUUCCAAUCGCCUUUGCUCCCCAUCUUGUCUCUUCACCUGUAGGAACAAAUGCUGUUGCUGCAGUUUGCUCCCAGUCCCAGUCAAGUAUGCAGAUCACAAUUGGCACUGAUUUAGUAGAUACAAGAAAAAGAAGAAUGGAAACUCUUGAUCAGAUGGAUGGUCGAUCGAAAAGGCUGAGUAUACAUGAUUUGGCAGGAAACAACUCUGUGGACUCGAGCAAUCAGAUACUACAGAUAUGCCAGCAUAUGGGAGAACGGGAGUUGAAGGAAUUUUCCUACUUGAAGAUAGAGAAUACACUACUCCGUCAAGAGUGUGCGGAAUUAGAGUCAUCAGAGAAGGAACUCUUGCUCAAGGAACAACAAUUGAGCCUUGAACUUGAGCAGACGGAGGCACAGUACAAGAGCCUGUUGAACGAAUACAUAUCGGUGGCUGCAGUUAGGACAGUGAAACGAUAGACAUCCUUGGCUCUCUUGCCAUCUGUAAAGACAGAUGUUUGCAACAUUGCAAAUGGCUUGAUAUCUCAGUAAGCAGAUGAACACAUCCGGCUUCUGCACCGAAACAGCAUGGAGUUGGCGAAAACAGACCGGAUAUGGUAACAGGGUAACAGAGAAGCACAGGGGCUACACCCAGUAAUGUGACUGGUGAUCACUUGUAUCAUCCGGUCAGCAAGCAAAGCUACUAGAUGAUUGGCCUCUUGUUUCAUCAUCUAUGUUUUGAUCAUCUGUACUCUGUAAAAAUAGUUUCUUGAUCAGUAGUGGUGAUGGCGUGAAGCUGAAAGAUAGAUAGAUUGCAUUUUAGGAAUUUUAAGAUUCUCACAGGAAUAGCUAAGAAGUGAUCUUUGCCGGUUCAUGCAAAAACCACAUUAAUCCCGGUUCGAAUAGGAACCGGUCCUGGUUCAAAAGCCCAGGGGUACUUGUUGAUCUAUCGGGACUAAAGAUAAUUUUUAGUCCUGAUUCAAUAGUUGUCAGGCCCCAACAAACUUUAGUCCCGAAUCAUAUCUUUAAUCCCGCUUGGUGAGCACCAACCGGGAAAAUAUCACUCUCCCAUGUCAUUGGCAUCUCUCGCUCUCUCUCUUCCUUAUCUCGUCUGCAUCGCUGCUGCGCGCAUGCCGUCUUAAUUCACUCGUCCUCCUUAUCUUCUCCUCCACUCCUCCCUCUACAUCGGCGUGCAGCAGGCGAUGGCGCCCUCCCUUCCGUCGAAGGGGAGGUGACAGGCGGCGGCCCACGGCUCGCCAAGCCACCGAGGGCUCUCCUCCUCCACUCCUCCCUCUACGUCAAAUAGAGGGAGAUGAUUGUGAAAGUAGGUGAAAAAUUAAAUUAGAGAUGAUUGUGAUUGGUCAAUAUGAGUAACAGGGGAAGAAAUAUCAAAGAAAGUUUGUAAAACCUCUUAGCAGUGAAUUUGUCAGAAUUCCACUUAUCCCCUUCUCCAUCCUGUAGGUUAAUAAGGGAAAUGUCCUCCUCCAACUCCAGAUACUCUUCCUAGGCCAAACUGCUCAAAGGCAGUAGAAAACAGUCAUACCUAGUUUUUUCUUCUUGUUUUAUUUAUAGGGGUUCCAUUAUAGCUAUUCCUUCUAGUGAAACUUCUUUAAGUUUCACCAUCCAAACUAAGUGGAUCUUUUGCAUCUGAUCCAAAUUGUCUCAAUCAUCUAGUCAAAUAGAAGUGCCACAUGGAUGCACCAAAUUGGAUUCAAGAUGCCACUAUUGUGACAGACUGCAUGUUCAUUUAAAAUUAAAUCAAUUAUUUCUUCUUUUUUUUGCGGGGAAAUCAA